AUGGGGAGAAGGCAUCACUGUAUAGGUGGAGGACUUGGAUUACUACUGCUAAUAUCACACUUCACACCUAUAGCUUACUCUGCCUUACUGAACGGGAAUAUUUUCAGCAAUACCGUCAGAGAUGUUACUACUAAAAUUGGAUUUACUGAUAUACAGAAAAUGUAUUCUGACGCACAGUCUACAUCAAAUGAAGUGGAAGGAGUCAGUCUUGUAACAGAAAUUUCCUCUUCUCUUGGAUAUAAAUUUGACGGACCUGUAUCGGCAGCAAAGCGCAUCAAAAAUAUAGUGGAAACAGAAGAAGCAUCCUUUUCAUCUACACUUCUAUCAGAUCAAUGCUGCCGAGGUAUUGGGGUCUCUUACAAUUCUAAAUUCAAAACUGAGGUGGCGUUGGAUAGGUCAUGCAUGCAGAUUUCGAAGGAUGCUUCCCCGGACAGAAAGUACCCCACACAAGCCGUAGAAGAUGUCAUGAGGGAAAACGCUCGCCUACACCCGAACUUGAAAUGGCAAUACUUUGCUAGCGAGGAUGGAUAUUACCUCAGCUGGCCAUCUGUCAAUCAGGCAGACUGUUCUAACUACGACCCACGGUUUAGGCCUUUUUAUGUAGCUACUGCUACCCCAGUUCACAAGGACGUAGUGAUCAUAAUAGAUAGAUCAGGAUCAAUGGGCAAUCUAUACAAUGGAAAAUCACUGAUGAAAAUAGCACAAGAUGCUGCUAAUACUGUUCUGGAGACGUUAAAUCCUAAUGACAGAGUUUCAGUUGUCGCAUUUGAGACAGGCGCAGAGAUUGUUGGUAUAUCAGAACGUCAAUGUCUCACCACAGAGCUAGCUAUGGCAACGCCUCUGAAUCAGAAAUAUCUCAAACAGAGGAUCAACAGACUGUCAAUAGGAGUGGCUACAAACUACGAAGCUGCCUUGACAAAAGCUUUUGAUGUUUUUGAAACAUCAUCGUUUAUAUCAAACGGUACACAUAGAGAACAGGUAAUACUCUUCCUAACAGAUGGAAGGAAGACGGCAGGUGGUGAUCCACUGACUACCAUAGCACGGAGGAAUGAAGCACUUGGGAAUCGAAUUAUGAUCUUUACGUAUGCUCUUGGAAAUUCUUUUGGUGCAGGCGACAAGACAUUGUUGGAAAAUAUGGCAGCUCAAACACAAACAAACGCAUCAUUUGGUGCUAUCCAGAGAGGCGAGUAUAAGCAAAUAAUUGACCCAAAUCUCCUCAGAAGUUCCAUGGCGUCCUAUUACAACCGUUUCAGCAGUAACCAGCAUAGGAAUGAACCAAUCUUCUCUGUACCAUACAUCGACGCCUUUGGCUUAGGUCUGAUCACGUCAGUUUGUGUACCUGUAUACAGAGGAUCAGGGGACCUGAUGGGCGUUUCUUGUUCUGAUGUCACAAUGGCUGACCUCCUCUCAGACAUAACCUAUUUUAGUCAGGGAGAAUUAUCUUAUGCUUUCAUCAUAGACCAGAUUGGUCGUACAUUGAUGCAUCCACUACUACCUCAACUGUCGUCUGUGACGGAUGACCCAAUCUUUGUUCACAUCAAUCAGAUGGAGAGGUCAUCUGAUGCAGCAAUAGUCAUCGAGGAAAUGAUGAAGGGAACAACAAAUCAGAAAACAUUCAUUUCCAAACGAACCAUUCCUCGAGGCAGUGUAUUGUACGAAGGAAUAGAGACCCGUGACAUAAUGUCUACAUAUGCUUGGGGUACAGUGCCUAAUAGUAACCUGUCCAUGGCUGUAGUAGUUGGGGAAGGCGACACCUUGGCCAAGCUGCUAGAUCUGACUCCAACUGCUGAUGUCUUUCAUUACCAUAGAUUGGACUUGGAUACUUCCCAAACUUCUUUCUGCAAACAUUUCAACAGAUAUGCAACCAAAGAUUUCUCUAUAUCUAUGUUAACACCUGGAUCAUUUAAGGAUCCUUUGAAUUACCUCAAUACGGAAGAAACCAGACAAAUUGUAGCAAGUUACGAAAAUUAUCUCCGAGGUACUACAAGUGUUAAUCCUGGAUUGAAGGACACUGUGAUCAACUCCGUUACAUUGACCUACAAGGCAGAACAGAUGUGGAAGAAUAAACCGGAGCAGGCAGACCUUGUAGUGUGGCGAUAUAUCGGCACCACUGAUGGGGUUAUGCGACUGUAUCCUGGGGCUCAGCUACCAAAGAACUAUGACCACACCCGUAGGCCAUGGUUUAUUAGAUCUGUUGCGCUAAAGGGGAAGGUAGUUUUCAGCAGCCCAUACCUUGACCAGUGGUCUUUGGGAUAUGUCAUUACUGUAUCUACUACCAUCCAGGAAAGUGGUUCCCAAACCCCUGUGGUGGCUGUUGCGGGAACAGAUAUCCGUGUUCCUUACAUGUAUCAACUCCUACUGAGUUCCUUCCCAGCAUGUUCACAGACAGAAUACAGCUGUAUUGUGGUAGAUAGCAGCGGCCUGGUGGUUGUACACAAGGAUUUUGUUGAGUUUACUGGCGAACCAAUGAUUGAAAAUAUGCACAUCAUUGAUAAGGAGCCAGCUAUAGCAGAGGAUUUACUUAGCCGUCAACACAUGAUCAAAACUAGUUGUCUAGAUUUUGAGAAUAUUAAAGAACAGUUUUCUUACCGAGUAAGUGAUUAAAUGACCAGCAGCAUUAACAGGAUGAGCAGUUCAGCAGCCUAUGAAAUACAUCCAGUUGCAAAUACGAAUAUUUACAUACUCAUAAAGAGGAAAAUGACAACGUCACAGAGUUCAUGUUGUUCUUCAUAUGGCACUCCACCAGACCGACAAUUGUGUGGUUUAACAUCCUGUGACUGUCUCUGUUAUAGGCAAACAGUGUAUAACUAUUGUGUGGAUGUGUACCCUUUACUAAGUGAUGCAGCUCCCACAUGCAGCCCUCAGCCUCCAGACCUGGUCUCUGAGGGUCUUACAGAUGCUGGCAAGUUACAAAAUCUCGACAUCUGUUUUGAUGCUCAAUGCUCAGAAAGAUCAGCAAAGGAAGGAUGCCACAAUGUGUCUGGCUGUAGCUGGUGUUACUUAGAUAAUGCCAACAAUGGUCUAAAUAAACCACUGUGGAACAGUUUACACAUGUCAACAUGGAGCUCUUUCAACAGCAGACCAUGCUUGUUCUAUUCAUGCGAUGGUGAUGGUGGUGGUGGUGGUGGCAGUGGUGGUGCCAUUGCUGGUAUAGUUGUUGGAGUUUUAGUCUGUAUGGCCGUUGUAAUAUGGGUAGUAUGGAAAAGAAAAAAGAAUGCAGCCAAUUGUAGUGCUUCAGGCCAGAGGAGUGGCAUUGAUAAUCCAACAAUGACGCCAUCAUCAGCCUCACCCAACAAUCCACAGACAAACUUUGCAUCAUGGGAAACACCAUCAGUACUGUCAAUACCUUCAGCACCGCCAGCACAGUCAGAAUUUCCGAUGGUCCCUCCCCCUUCAUAUGAAGAAAGUAACAGGUACUCUAAUUGUUAA